CCGAGCGCCGCCGCUCGCCCGAAGCGCUUUCGGCCGGGAGCUGCGGCCGCCGCCAGCAGUUUUCAUGUUUGGGAUUCAGGAGAAUAUUCCGCGCGGGGGGACGACCAUGAAGGAGGAGCCGCUGGGCAGCGGCAUGAACCCGGUGCGCUCGUGGAUGCACACGGCGGGCGUGGUGGACGCCAACACAGCCGCCCAGAGCGGCGUGGGGCUGGCGCGGGCGCACUUCGAGAAGCAGCCGCCCUCCAACCUCCGGAAAUCCAAUUUCUUCCACUUCGUGCUGGCGCUGUACGACAGGCAGGGGCAGCCGGUGGAGAUCGAGCGGACGGCCUUUGUGGACUUUGUGGAGAAAGAGAAAGAGCCCAACAACGAGAAGACCAACAACGGCAUCCACUACAAGCUGCAGCUGCUGUACAGCAACGGAGUCAGAACAGAGCAGGAUCUGUAUGUGCGCCUCAUAGAUUCAAUGACCAAACAGGCCAUCGUCUACGAGGGCCAGGAUAAGAACCCGGAGAUGUGCCGCGUGCUGCUGACCCACGAGAUCAUGUGCAGCCGGUGCUGUGACAAGAAAAGCUGCGGCAAUAGGAACGAGACGCCCUCGGACCCCGUCAUCAUCGACAGAUUCUUUCUAAAGUUUUUCCUCAAGUGCAAUCAGAACUGUCUGAAGAAUGCAGGCAACCCUCGAGACAUGCGGCGAUUCCAGGUGGUUGUCUCGACAACAGUCAACGUGGACGGCCACGUGUUGGCCGUGUCCGACAACAUGUUUGUGCACAACAACUCCAAACACGGCAGGCGGGCCCGCCGCCUGGACCCGUCAGAAGGUACGGCCCCUUCUUAUCUGGAAAAUGCCACGCCGUGCAUCAAGGCCAUCAGUCCCAGUGAAGGCUGGACCACGGGGGGCGCCACCGUGAUCAUAAUCGGAGACAACUUCUUUGACGGCCUUCAAGUUGUGUUUGGAACCAUGUUGGUGUGGAGCGAGCUGAUAACGCCCCACGCCAUCCGAGUGCAGACCCCACCGCGGCACAUUCCUGGAGUCGUGGAAGUCACCCUUUCCUACAAAUCCAAACAGUUCUGCAAAGGUGCUCCCGGGCGCUUCGUCUACACCGCCCUUAACGAACCAACCAUAGACUACGGCUUCCAGAGACUGCAGAAGGUGAUCCCGAGACACCCGGGGGAUCCCGAAAGGUUACCCAAGGAAGUGUUACUCAAGAGGGCCGCAGACCUCGUGGAAGCCUUGUACGGAAUGCCUCACAACAACCAGGAGAUCAUCCUGAAGCGAGCGGCUGACAUCGCCGAGGCCUUGUACAGCGUUCCCCGCAAUCACAACCAGAUCCCCACCCUGGGCAACACCCCUGCACACACAGGCAUGAUGGGCGUGAACUCCUUCAGCAGCCAGCUGGCCGUGAACGUGUCCGAGACGUCACAAGCCAAUGACCAAGUCGGCUACAGUCGCAAUACAAGCAGCGUGUCCCCGCGAGGAUACGUCCCCAGCAGUACUCCCCAGCAGUCCAAUUACAACACAGUCAGCACUAGCAUGAAUGGAUAUGGAAGUGGCGCCAUGGCCAAUCUAGGGGUCCCGGGCUCGCCUGGAUUUCUUAAUGGCUCCUCCGCUAACUCUCCCUACGGCAUAGUGCCGUCCAGCCCCACCAUGGCAGCCUCUUCGGCCACCCUCCCUUCAAACUGUAGCGGCACACACGGCAUUUUCUCAUUCUCACCUGCCAAUGUCAUCUCCGCAGUGAAACAGAAGAGCGCCUUCGCGCCCGUGGUCCGGCCCCAGGCCUCCCCUCCCCCGUCCUGCACCAGCGCCAACGGGAACGGACUGCAAGGCUCUCUGCUGGGUGCCGAGGACGUAGCCGUGGAGAAGACAAACUGGCCCUUAUGUGAAGUUGGUGCCAUAUUUCACUUUGAUGAACUAAUGCUCAAAAAAGGAUCUGGAAAGCUAUGUCUGGGCUGGUAGUCCCGCCCAUGUGAGGGACGCCCAGCGGCAGGGGACGGACUUCAGGGGACACGCUUAGCAUAUGGGGACGGUGCUGGCGAUCUUCGAGAGCAGCAGCAGCAGUCGAGACGCUACGAAAGACUUUGUUUAAAGAUUUUAUUUAAACUAUUAAGAAUCAACAUGCAAACAACCUACUUGUUCAUGAACAAUUCCAUUGUACUGACUGAACUUUUCUCAUAUUUUCACAUUUCUCAGUCCUGGAGAAUGAGAACAAAGCAACGCCUAUUUUGUAUAAAGUUUCUGACCCCGUCUUGGCUCUGUCUAGUACUUGCUAUCUGUGUUGGGAGAAUCUUCGUGAAUGCACCAUUUUGAUGAUCAUGAAACACUGAGGAAAAAUGCCUCCGGACAUUUUUCUGUACUCAUACUUAGAUUCACAAUGGUUGUGUAUCUCUAUAAUGUGAAAUAUUUUUUUGUGGUGAUACAAAGGGGGCCAAGGAGGUAUGAGCCAUCAGCCUGGAACAAGAGGAUGACUAUAUGAUUAGAAGCGGGGGUGGCGGGAGUGGGGAGGGUUUAUCAUUGCUUACCUUCAUCUUCAUGAAACGAAACUUUGUAACUUAUUGUAGUUAGAAAUUGUAACUUUGAUAUUGAAUUCUCUUGCCUUCAACAAGCACACUGACAGAGAAAAAAAAUGCUACUGUCUGUUGGUUCCAAUUCUCACUGCUAGAGCUUCCUGGUAAGCAAGUUUGAUCUGCAGCAUUUUUUCCACUUUUGCUAGCACUAUAUACUAUUGCAUUCUUAGGCUACUGUGAGGUCUAUGUUUCUUGUACCAGAAAUUGUCCUUUUGACUUCUAGAUCCCUCUUCCCUAAUGUGUUUUGUAUGUGGUUAUAAAAUUGUAGACUUUUGUGAUUUUGCCAAAGUUGUAGCUAAAUAUUUAUACACUUGUCUUGAAUUUUUUUCAGAUCCACUUAAAUAUUUAGAAAAAACAAGUUUUAUUUCUUAUGUGUCUUAUAAGGGAUAAAACGGCCUUCAUUCAACCCUUUGUUUCCCAUGAAUACUUGCAGUUGCUAAGGGACUUUAUUUUGUAACAUAUCAAUUAUAAAUAUUGUAUUUAUCUUUGAAAUUUUGUACAUUGCUUUUCCUGCCGGUUUCCUUUUCUCGUCGGUAUUGGUUUUUGAUCACGUCCUGGUGUUGUGAUGGUCGGCAAGAGCGUUAGGCGAGUCGUCCCUCCGAGCUGUUUCGUUCAAGUGAACCACAUCCCCCUUUCAUUUGUACUUUCAGCGUUUGCUAUUGUUUAGCCUUUCCGUCCUUUAUUUUUUAUUUUGAGGAAAAGUCAAAUUCAUUGUUUAUUUUUAUAUUAUUUUUAAGUUAUCUGAACAAAUACUUUUGAAAAAAAAAAAAAGUUUGUUGUAUAGUCAACGAAGCGGUGCCCCCGGCUGUGACAAACCCUCGUAGACCCUGUGCAUGUGGAGCGGCCGUGAGGCGGCAACACCGUCUGGGGCUGUGUCCUUUUUAUUUUUUUGUAGAAUGUAAAAAGUCAUUUUAGCUGCCACCCAUGACUUUGCCACAUACAUAGCUGAACUGUGUUUACUGGAAAAUUCAGAGGCCUAAAGUUUAAAAUAAAAUUUACUUCUGAUGUUUUAAUUAAAACGUUUGCCACAUUAACUUCUCUGAUGCCUUAAAAGUGGACUUCUUCGGAAAAACAAACAAACAAACAAAACCUUUGUGCUGUUUUAUCACGGGCUGACGCCACGAUCGUCAGCCAGUGUUUCAUUUGGAGAUGUAUGGUGUAAACACACCCACACACCCACACUCAACCCACACACAAGCAAAAGCACAAACCUGCUGUUCCGGUGUCGCUCCUGUCUGGUCCCUCCUGCUGCCUUCCACGCCUUCCCAGGCUCCUCCAGCGAGGUCUCCCGGGAGCCCGAGUCCAUGCUGGUUUUUAAUUUUUUAAUGACACAUUUUUGUGGUCCGAUCCGAUAGCACCGUCUGUACUUUCUAAACUGGAAUGACCUCGCUCAGAUAUUGUGCCUGUUAGUGCCAAACCCACAGUGAGACCCAGGGGGUCAGUUGUCCACUGCACUCAAUGCUUUGCAGACACAGCACAGUAAGCAUUUCGCAAACCACAGCAGAAAUCAAAUUGAAAACAAAAAGGAGGGACUUCUACAAACUUUCUUGACAAAAAUAACCAUGCACAACUCGGAAAGGGUCCAUUCAAGGGACUCAAUAGAACGAGCAAACGCCGAGUCCCCAGCGCCCGGCAGCUCCCAGCCUGGCUCCGGGACGCUGCGCGUGCAGCCCCAGGAGGAGCCUGAGAAGUCGCUUUGGAACUACAUCGCCUCCGUUUUAUUUUGUGUACGCAAGGGUUUGCUCCACAGAAGAGCGCACCUGUCCACGUCAGAGCGUUUGCAGUUUCUUCAUCCCCGCACUCGGUUUGUGUUGUAGAGUAGUCGAUGCCCUCAUGGCUUCAUUGUCUCAGAAUCGAGCGCUUCACUCAAUGGUAGAUUUUACUGUUAAAGACCCUACAAUAAGAUUGUUUUAUCUGUACAUUUUUUCAGAUAUUUAACUGUAUAAAAAUGUUCAUUUUACACAAUAUUUAAUUAAAGUAUUUCUUG